AUGGAGUGUCUACGAGGUGAAUUCGUUGAGGGUCGGAUCCUAGAUGGCCGUUUCGAAACUAUUCGACCCCUCAAUCAAGGUUCUUUCGGACAGGUGUUCCUCGCGAAAGAUCUUGAAACGAACGAAGACGUCGCGAUCAAGUGCUUAACUAAGAUCUCGCCUGACGCGUCAAACGCCCCUACAUGUGACGGCAGGUUUGAAGAGCUUGAGUGUCACAAGCGUUUCGGUCGACAUCCCAACCUGGUUAAUUUGAUUCAUCACUUUGAGACUGAUGCGCAUAUGUUCUUGGUUCUGGAGUUCUGUGCCAAUGGUGACCUCUAUGAAGCCAUUCGUGUUAACAGAGGGCCUCUGGAAACUGAACACGUACGCGAGUUUAUGCUUCAGUUAGUUGACGCGUUGGACUUUAUCCACUCAAAGGGCCUUUAUCACCGCGAUAUCAAGCCAGAGAACAUCUUCCUCACUCAAGAUGGCUCUAUGAAACUGGGUGAUUUUGGCCUCGCGACGCGUGAGUCCUGGUGCUAUGAGGCCUGUGUUGGGAGUGAUCGGUACAUGGCCCCUGAACAGUAUGAACCAGGCACCACAGGCUAUUCGCCUGCAAAGGCCGAUAUUUGGUCUGUGGGUAUCUGUCUGUUGAACAUCUUGUUUGCCCGUAACCCAUUCGUAUCGCCCACCGAAUCCGAUAAGCUGUUCAGCGACUUCGUUCGUGACCGCCAGUCGCUGUUCGAUAUAUUCCCCAACAUGUCUCAAGACACUUUCGAAAUUCUGACUCAUGCUUUGGCUUUCGAUCCCAAGAAGCGUUCUCUUGCCUGUGUUCGCGAUUCUAUCAUGCGGGCUAUUUCGUUUACCACUGAUGAUGAGACCCUGGAUGAUUUCUGUGUCGAGGAUAACGAGGUUGUUACCGCCACUGCCAACCGUGAGCCUCUGCGUACUCCGUCCAUCCAGAGCCCUCACGUCAACAACAGCGACUCCUUCCCAUGGGCCAAGGCUCUUCAGACCAGCCCGCCCUUGGCCAUGCGACAGCUUUCUAUCAUCCCCGACAAUGAGAGCUAUACGGAGGAUCUAUUCCCUGCCUCCGAAGCCGGUGCAACCUCGUGGUUUUCGACCCAGAAUGCUCCCUCGAUGGCAUCUCUGGUGGACUCAGCCAUGAGCGAAUCUCUGAAAUCGCUUCACCUUCCCCGCCAGCGUCCGAUGCUUCCUCGAUCCGACCCUGUCCCCAUCACUGGAUCCCUUCCAAGUCACGCCCACAAGCCUCUUCCAUCUUUGUCGAUGGUCUUUGGCAAGAAUACGACUGAUCAAAUUUCCAAGAGCUGGAGUGAUCUUUGGGAUGAGGAGGAAUCUGAGAACGAGGACCUUGCCUUCCAGCAACGCCGUGAGCAGAACUCUCGUAGCUGGAGCCAAGAGAGCCAGGACGUUACCCCAUUGGGAUUGCGCGAGCAGGCCUCCGCUUCUCCCACCGACCGCUCCAUUACUCCGGUCACUCAUGCCACCGCCCCCCACACCGCCAAAGUUCACUCUCUGGAAGUAGACAGCGAUACCGGGGAUACCGGUACUUCCAGCAGCACCCCUCGUCCGAUCCACCAGCUUUCGCCGAAGAAGUCCAAUAUCGAUAAAUGGGCCGAUCUUGGGGAUAAGCGCCGCAAGUUCAAGACCCUCCCCAGCGCACUGCCAACAAUUGGCGACUCCGAUCGCCGUCGCCGCCUGUUCCUCGAGAAAGACUGGCGCCGCCAUGAUGAGGAGGUUCCCAAGCUGUCUCCAGCCAAGCCCUCGUACGAUACCACGAUCGACGAUGACCUCGACCUCGUGGGUGGGUGGCAUGAUCUUCACCUAUAG